GUCUAUUGCGUCAUAACCAGGCAACAUGGCGCCGAUGUUGGUCUCGCUGAAAUGUGGAUUUUAUUACCAAAGACGGAGAUUAGCUGUUCUGUUUCGCCAAACGAGUUCGUAUCACGCGUGGAACAAAAGUGAGAAACCCAGCAGAUUGGAUCCUAAACAUCAGAGAAGAUAUCUGUUAAAUUCACCUUCAAAUCUCAGAACAGCAUCAUGGCAUGUCGGCAGGAGCGAAAACAGUCGGCAGAUAUUGGAAGCAGCCAAACAUUUGCAGGUCAACCACACGAGAACAUGUUGGCAUGGAAGUGCAGGUGGCCGUCUAAAUGCGGAUCCCAAAAAUGUGCUGAAGGAGGUCAACUCUACCCAGAUCCUAUCUGCAAUGCUGUCCUACGUGUGGCCAAAAGACCGACCAGACCUCAGGGCCCGAGUUGUCCUCUCUCUUGGGCUCCUUGCUGGAGCAAAGAUGACUAAUGUGACGGUGCCGUUCAUGUUUAAGUAUGCGGUGGACGAGCUCAACCAGAUGUCGGGACACAUGCUGAACCUGAGUGACGCGCCAAGCACUGUGGCUACCAUGGCAACGGCGGUGCUGAUUGGCUACGGCGCCUCGCGGGCCUGCUCCUCCCUCUUCAACGAGCUGCGGAACGCCGUGUUCGGCAAGGUGGCCCAGAGCUCCAUCCGCCGCAUCGCCAAGAACGUCUUCCUGCACCUGCACAACCUGGACCUGGGCUUCCACCUCAGCCGCCAGACGGGCGCGCUCUCCAAGGCCAUCGACCGCGGCACACGGGGCAUCUCCUUCGUGCUCAGCGCCCUGGUGUUCAACCUGGGCCCCACCAUCUUCGAGAUGGGCCUGGUCAGCGCCAUCCUGUACUACAAGUGUGGUGGGCACUUUGCGGCCGUGGCGGUGGGCACCUUAUCGAUGUACGCGGCCUUCACCAUUCUGGUCACUCAGUGGAGGACCCGCUUCCGGAUAGAGAUGAACAAGGCAGACAACGAGGCAGGCAACGCCGCCAUCGACUCUCUGCUCAACUACGAGACCGUCAAGUACUUCAACAAUGAAAAGUACGAGGCAGAGCGAUACGACAACUACCUGAAGACCUACGAGUCGUCGUCGCUGAAGACCACCAGCACGCUGGCGCUGCUCAACUUCGGCCAGAGCGCCAUCUUCAGCGUGGGCCUGACUGGCAUCAUGGUGCUCGCCAGCAAGGGCAUCAUGGCAGGUACGAUGACGGUGGGAGACCUGGUCAUGGUCAACGGCCUGCUGUUCCAGCUCUCGCUUCCCCUCAAUUUCCUGGGCACCGUGUACCGAGAGACCAGACAAGCGCUCAUAGACAUGCACACGUUGUUCACCCUGCUCAGCGUCGACCCCAAGAUCAAGGAGCGUGAUCUGGCCCCGAUGCUGGCGGUCGAACCGCAGGACGCCACCAUCCGCUUCGAGGACGUGUACUUCGAAUACAUGGACGGCCAGAAGGUGCUGACGGGCGUGUCCUUCGACGUGCCCGCGGGGAAGAAGGUGGCCAUCGUCGGUGGCAGCGGGUCAGGGAAGAGCACCAUCGUGCGACUGCUGUUCCGCUUCUACGAGCCCCAGCAGGGGAACAUCUACAUCGGGGGCCAGAACAUCCGGGACGUCAGCCUGGACAGCCUGCGCAGGGCUCUGGGUGUCGUGCCACAGGACGCCGUGCUGUUCCACAACACCAUCUACUACAACCUGCAGUACGGCAACCUCAACGCGUCGCGGGAGGACGUGUACCAGGUGGCGCGGCUGGCGGGCCUGCACGACGCCAUCCUCAAGAUGCCCCACGGCUACGACACGCAGGUCGGCGAGAGGGGACUCAAGCUAUCGGGAGGGGAGAAGCAGCGGGUCGCCAUCGCCCGGGCCAUCCUCAAGCAGCCGCCCAUCCUGUUGUACGACGAGGCCACGUCCUCCUUGGAUUCCAUCACAGAAGAGAACAUUCUCAAUUCAAUGAAGGAGAUGGUGAAGGACAGGACCUCCAUGUUCAUAGCCCACAGGCUUUCCACCAUCGUGGAUGCUGAUGAGAUUAUCGUACUCAGUCAGGGUAAGGUGGCGGAGCGGGGGAGCCACCAGGCGCUGGUGGCCAUGCCGGGCGGUCUAUACGCCGACCUGUGGAACACGCAGAACAGCAAGAUGCUCAGCAGCAACGGGGCCGGGGCCGGCGAGGAGCUGCCCGCCGAGCGGAUCAACCCCAAGGAGGAGGAGCGCAAGAAGCUGCAGGAGGAGAUCGUCAACAGCGUGAAGGGCUGCGGGAACUGCACCUGCUGAGCGCAGCCGUGGGAGGGUUUCAAAUGUGUUCCAAGCCGCCAUCUUGGUGCUUUUUUACCGCUGUUAUUAUUUAAGCCCUGCUGUUGGUUAACCCCCGAGAUUCUAGAAUAACAAACACUCUUUUUUUUUUUUUUUUUUUGGUCAAGGAAGUAGCGAUACGUUGUCUUGGAAUGAGCUUGUGGAACUUCAGCUUCCCCUGAAUUGAAACGCUCCCAUGGAGCGAACUCCAGCUCUUUCCCUUCCACCACCACCCCCGCCUCCUCCCCCGCCUCCUCCUCCUCCUCCUCCUCCUCCUCCUCCUCCUUCUCACCCUCCUGCUCCUCCUCUUCCUUCAGAUGGCCUGCAAAUGUAGAACCCCUUCCUACCGGCAGCUGAAGGGGGGGGGGCUCCUCACCCCCCUCCCUCCCUCCCUCCCUGCAUCCACCUCUCGGCCCCUGGCCCUCCUCUUUAACCCUUCCAUCACCACCGUGGAGAGGAAGCCUUGGGAGCAGGGCCCAUCCCGGGCGCAGGUCCAAGAGCCGCGGCUGGCGCGACAGUUGCCUCAGCGGAAGCCAACUAUAGGAGAUUUUGUAUAUGAAUACGUAUACGGGUGCUCGACAUCUGUUGGUCAACAUGGUAGGUUUUUUGUUUGAUUCUUUGUCACCAUCAGGUUCGAUGACACCGCUCAUCAUAACAGAUGAGAGCACAUGUAAUUAUUGAGAUAAAUGCCUUUAUUUUCACACACACUGCUCAUGUUGACUCAAAUCUUUUUCUUUUUUUUGUAUAUUUUUUUCAUGCAAUUGUUUUUUUUUUAUAUUCUUUUAAAGAAAAUGUAUGUACUGAAAUUGAGAGGCGUGGGUGGUGGGUGGGGGGGGGGGGGGGGGGGGGUGACUAAUACACCAAGCUAGUCAGCCAGCCGGUCUACUUUUAUGUUCAAUUCCACACUUAAUAAAUAUACACACUGUUGUUUACAGGCAGAUGUUUUUCAGAAAAAAAAAGGUAUUCUUGGCAGUAAGUCCACAGAUCCAUUUAAAGCCGUUCUUAGGUUUAUGACGAUGUGUAACAAGUGGAAUUUAUCGAGGUGUGAAACGUCUCCAAAGGGAGCUGGCAGUGUAUGUGCUGCAGUCACAUACAAGUGACGCCUGGAGACAAGCAAUGGCUGCACAGUAUUUUGAGAGUAGCGUGCUCCAUUUUUAGAGACAACAAUAACACGGCACUAUUUGAAAGUGUUGUAUAAUGUCACGGGGACGGUAGGGAUCAGCGAGUCAUGAUGUUUUUGAGUUGUGACGUCACGAUUUGUUUUUCUAAGACAACUUCCUGGAAUGUACAAACGUUCACCCUUGUGUUCACGUAAGGGCAGAGGUAGAUGUACAUUUUAAUGAUAAUUGUAUUGCCUUGAUUAAUAAGGCUUUAUUUAUCAGGUGUGAACAAACAUUUGGUGUUGUACAGCUUUGGAAUACCCAUCCGAUACAAUCAAAAUGAUAAAAAUGAUAACCAAUAACACAAAAGUGGUCGUUUUUAUUUUCCCUCUUUAUUAUGCAAUUCAUCACAGCUGGUGUCUAAAUAAUAAAAGUGUUUUAAAUUA